CCUCCCCCUCCUCUCCCCAAUCUCACAAAAUCCCCAAACCAUGCUCACCAAACUAGCCCAAAAGCUCAGCGACAUAGACCUCUACUUCCUCCGCUCCACCGCUGGCGAACUCUUCCUCACCUUCCUCUUCGUCUUCACCACCGUCGGCGCCGCCCUGGCCUCCGAGACUAUACAAAGGCCUAAUUCAAAGAGUUCGCGCCACGGGAUUCGAACCCCUGACCCGAGAGACUUACACAAGAGUGUGCGCGAGCGCGAGCGUGACCUGACUCAUUGGUGCGACCUCUUAUGUAAGUCCCUCGAGUCGGGGGAAAUUCCGGUACAUGCGCUUGGAUCAGGCGUAGGAUCCUUCCAAGGGUUAGGAAUGGAAAUGAUUCUGACUUUCUCUCUCCUCUUCACAAUAUACGCCACGAUGGUUGAGCCCGGAGAGCAUAUGGGCCCCGGAUCCGGCCCACUGAUUGUUGGUCUUAUAGUCGGUGCAAAUACCCUUUCAGGUGGGGUUUUUACCGGGGCCUCAAUGAACCCUGCUCGCUCAUUUGGGCCGGCUUUAGUCACCUGGAAUUGGAUCAACCACUGGAUCUAUUGGGCUGGGCCUAUUUUCGGUGGUGUUCUUGCUGGAUUUAUUUAUGAGCGGUUCGGUUCUUAUUUACAAGGCCGUCAUAUGCUCCGCUUUCUGAUGGAGUCGAAGGAGUUUGAAGGAGUUUGUUUUAAUGGAUUAGCUGUCUUUUUCAUUUUAUUUUUUUUAGAAUUUAAAGGAAUUACUAUUUGUGCACAUAUUUGUAUAUAUUUUUAA